GAAGAACCACGAGAGGGCAUCAGAGACCAUUAGAUGAAUCGUAUCAACCGGAUUACUCAACAGGAAGAAGAGCACCAGGCUACGUCAGCAAAUAACAACAUUACCUUUUUGUGGAUGAGAAAUGGCUACUGGAGUGGAUCAAGCCGCUGGCAUGAGUCUUGUUGUCUUCAGCCUCGUGCUGUUCACGUACUACUCUGUCUGGGUCAUCGUCCUGCCUUUCGUCGACAGCGAUCACUUCCUGCACAAGUAUUUUCUUCCUCGGGAGUACUCAGUCAUUCUGCCUGGAAUCGCAGCAGUAAUACUGCUCAUCUGUAUAGGAGCCUUCACCGUUGUUGUCAUGUGGAAGAAUCGCAAGCCAAAAAAAGUGGACUAAUGUCAUAAAACAUCAACCAAAAUCCAGCCCUAUUUUGUAAUAAAUACUCCUCAUGAUCACUUUUACAAGUAUUUUUGUUCAGAGGAAAGCACUGAAAGAAACUCAUUGAAGAACGGAAGCUUCAAGAUUUUUGCCUUGUCCUUUAGAAAAUGCGACCUAAUCUUCAUCUCAUAGUAUAACACCCGUAGUUCUUUGCGUUAUUGAGAAGCCUUUGUGCUAACAACUUCUCUCAAGACCAUCUGGAAGUUUCUCGACAUUUUUAAGUUAUUGCUGCGUGGACAAAUGAGACAAAAAAAUUAUGUUUGGAGGGAAAAAGGCACCAAAACUGCAUCAUGACUGUGAAGCAAGGUGGAGGGUGGAGCCACGUGGAGGUCCUGGACACCUUACACUCAGUGAGAGAUCAAUGGUUAUAAAACUUUACAAAGACGUUUUCAAGGGAACAUCAAAGCAGGAGUUCAUGAGCAAAAGCUUUUGAGAGGUGGGGUGAUGCAAUAACUCAAAGACACCAAUGAAUAAAGUCCAGGGAUGUUGUGGUAGGACCUGAAAGGGGCUGUUUGGUAGGAGGAAUUGUUCAGAAUUCCUCUUCAUCUUUUUGCAAGUCUCAUACGAAGUUACAGGAAAUGUCAAAGUCCUUAUAGAAGCAAUGCUGACCCCUCAGCAGCUGCCCUGAAGCACCUUCGAGCACUUACUUGGGCAAAAAUUGAAAUAAAGUUUAAAAAGACGACCUUUUAAUCUGUUGAUUUGUAUUUCUGGGUACAGUUUUCCAUUGUUUUUGUCAUGUUCCUGAACACAAGUUUUCAUCUGUCUACCAGUAUAUGUACUUAUAUGUACAAAAUUAUUAUUUUCACUUAAAAGUUGGAAAAGUCUGCAUGUGGAGGCUGGAGCAGUAGGUGGUAGAGCUGCUCACACACACUCAAGUUUGAGUCCCACAUGUGACAGAUUUUACAGUUAACUUUAAAUAUUUAAAUGAUUUAAAAUGCAUUCAUUAUCAUUUGGAACCACUUGGUUUAGGUUAGAAAAAAGGUCACCGCUUCCGUUUCUUUGAGGUUCAUUGACAAUGCCAUGAGACCAUGCUGCUCUGUCGUAAUGAGAAAUUUUGAUGGAGGAUGUUGUUGCUAAACAAGCAGUAAUUGUGUUUAAUAAAAACUUGAACAACACA